UAGGCAACCAUAACAUAAACAAAGCACGUUGCUUAUGUGCUUAUCAAUGUGCUUGGUGGAAUCAAUCCGAUAAAAUGGUUGUAUUUUAUUAAACAUAAUUAAAAUGGCUUGUAAAACGUCAUACGAGCUUCACCACAAUUUUCCCAAACUUGCUGAAGAGUCCGGCUUCACAUUUAGCACACAUAAACCCCGCGUUCACAUCGAAUGGAACAAAAUUCGAUUAAUUGAUAUAGAGAGUUUGAUGCGAGAUAGAAAGUUUGUACAAAUCGAACAACAUAUCAAUGAUAUCUUAGAUUGUGUUCUCGAAUCGGAGUUCGAUGUGCGUAUUCUGGAUGAAGGUGUUCUAAAGAUAUUUCGGCUAGCUCAGUUAGCCGUUGAAUAUCAACAGUUUUGCCGACAUUACCUUGACAGGAGUGUUUUCGUUUUACGUGAAGAAAUAACUGGGUUAGCUCAGGAACUUGAGUAUGCAAAAAAAACAAUACGUGAAAAAGAGGAUGAAAUGAGAAAGCUUAAACGCAAAACUAAAUAUAACAUACGAGCUCCGCUUCCUUAUGGUAAUGAUAAUAUUGCAAAUAUGAUUUUACAAACAUUAGCUAAUAAAAGUGAUAUAUUUCCAUCGUCAACUCAAAUCGACAAUGUGCAUUACAAUAAGUGCAGCUAUUGCGAUAAAGUUUUUAUGAAUCAAUUAUAUUUAAAAAGUCAUAUUUCACGGCGACAUAGCAAUGUAGUAGAGAUACCUCAAAAAGAUUUACCUCGUAAUGAAAUCACUCAAAUCGAUAACGAACAAUCAAAACUGCAAAAUGAAAUCAUUGAAUUAAAGACAAAGUUAAAAGAAAUGGAAGUUCUAAUAAAAGUCACUAACGAUCAAAAUAAUCGGGAACUAAAUAUUGCAAAGGAAGAAAAUACCAAAGAUAUAGGAAAUUGUUCGAAUGAUCACACAAUAAAAACUAACAUUAUUAAUAAAAGUCCAGAGAAACGGAUGAAAGAUGUUGAAGUAUCUACAAACAGUGAAAUCUACAUUUUAGAAAAAAUUGAAGAAUGGAAAAAGGAAGAAUUUGAAAAAUACAAUAAAGAAAUAAGUCUUCUCCGCUCACAAAUCUCCAGCAUCAUAGAUUGUAACAAAGACGUAGCCAAAGGUAACUCAGUGCCAAAUGAUAAUAAAAUAAUGGAACAUCUACAAGAUACGAUAAAACAGCAAAGUGCAGAAAUAACGUCAUUGAAAGAAGAAUUGUUUAAUUCGCGGUUAAAAUCGAAAAAUGACGAAAUAGAGAAGAAAAAAGAAAUUGACGCACAACUCGCAUUUUGGGCUGAAAGGACUGAAGCUCAAUCUAAAGAAUACAAGUUAUUGCUUCAAAAAUUAGAUAUAGUGGCUAAAGAAGCCAAGGAAUCACGGGACAUAGCAGAAAUAGAAAAACAACGAGCUGUUAAAUUGCAGCAUCUUUUAGAACAAAACAACGAUAAUGUAAAAAGAAUUGUGGAAACGGCUGUAAUUCACAAAGAACAUGACAUAAAAACCGAGAAUAGGCAGCAUAGAAACGACAAUAAUGAAAAUGUGGUAAAGGAUGCUGCAAAUGUUAAAUCUCCCAGUAAGUCGACUCCAAUGCCGGACCGUAAAACACUAGAGAAAUUACAUCGUAAGGCGCAAGAACUGCUAAAUCAGUCGAUAUCAUCUUCCGAGGUUUCUAGCACGAGUGAUAGUAACAGUCAUGUACCCGCCGAUGAUCGAAAUGUAAGAAAAGUAGUUACGACUAAGAAAAAGAGAAACGAAGAUAACUUUGAAAACGAUAAACAAUAUAUUCAUAACAAAGACAAGAUUACGAAAAAGACGCAACAUAAAAGUUUUGAAACAAACCGAAAAGUGCAGAGUCCAGAAAUAAAGAAAAUUAAAUCUCCGAUAAAAAAGGUUGACGGACCUGUGAACAAGAGAGGAAGCCCAAUAAAAGUUGUAAGAGCAAAAUUAACAGAAGAAGUGAAUCAGCGCCUCGUGUCGCUCGGUGUCGAUCCUUUGAAGAAAAGACUACCUCGAGAUAUUUUCAACAGGCAGCGACAACAACUUCAAGAAAACAACGAAAUAAAAUCAAAGAAAAAUCCUACACGUGAAAAAAUUAAUCACUACAUUAUGUCUUAUUUGGACAAAAAAACUACAAUCACAAAUAAAAAGACUUUUCAAGAAGAUGAAUAUUUUUCUCCAAAUAAAUCUUCAAAACCAUUCAGCUUAACGUCCGUCAUCUCAAAUGUAAAAUCGAAAGCAUUAUCUUUAGUAAAAACAAACGACGGAUUGAAGAAAGAAGAUAAAACACCAUACGAUAAUGUUACAAGAAAAGCUCUAUUUUUACUUAAAACACCAAGCCCAAAAAAUCACAAACUAAAUUUGGAAAAUGAAACACACGACACAAAAGAAUCAAAAGAGAUCAUCAAAGAAAAUGCAAAAACAAAUAAACUGAAAAAUAGUUACGAUGACAAAAACUACAAAGUUUCCGGUAGUAGCGAAGAAUAUGAUUCAAACAUAACUGAUGUAUCGAACGACAAAUUGAACCAAAUCAACUUAAAAUCACAACCUCGACGCCCUGCCACUAGUAGUGCUGUCUAUGAUUAUAAUGCGCAAGAAAAAGGUGGUGAAACUAAAAUAACGGAUGCAUUUGAACAAACGGACACGAAUAAACCAAACCGUUAUUUAAAAAAUCACGGUAGUGACAACAGCAGUGAUGAUAUAGCUUCGAUAACAGACCACGGAUUAAGAAAUGCUAUUUCUGAUGAAAAUGUAAAUGACCAAAAGCAAACCAAAGGAGUACUGAAAAGUGCAUCCUCAAUGUCUUCCUUAUAUAAAAAGAAAGUAAUAUUUGAUAUGGAUGCUAUACAAAUGAAAUCUGUUAGUGCGUCGCCAUCACAGAGUAUAACUGAAAGAAGUGAUAAGAAUGAGAAAACCGAAUUAGGAAUCAUAAAUCUUGAUACUGAAGAAUGGGAUUUAUCAAGCAUAGAAAAUGAACCGCUAAAACAGGAGAAAUCAAUAAAACUCAGCACGCGCACUAGUCCAAAAAUAGCAGAGCUAAAACAAAGCAUCGAAUCGCAACUAACGCGCCGUAACCCAACUCUCUCAACUGCUUUAGUGGGAGGAGUGGAUGUGCUACAAGGGCCAACGAUGACAAAGACCAGCCUCGGCGGCAGCAACACAAGCCUGGGUAGCUCAAUUCUAGAUGACUCCGAAUAUGCUCUACAUCAUAAUCAUACAGCAUUCGUUAGGCCGAAAAAAAUAACAGAUAAAGACGAUAGUGAAAUUGACAUUUCAGAAGUUGUAGACGAUAUUAUUGACAAUAAGCAUAAAUCUUUUAAAUAA